AUACAUACAUCUGCAUAUGAAAUCGCACGAAAACAUAUUUUCAGGGGAAAGCGAGAACAUUUCGUUGAGAGCGAACGCAAUGUUUACAUUUUACUCAUGUGUUUGGAAAUAUUUUUUACCAUCUCUUUGCAAAAUAUCGUUAUUUAAUUAUUUACCUACACAUUUGCAACACCAGACUAGAUAUAACUAAUUGUAUUUAACUAACCAUGUCUGUUACUAAACGUGAAAUGGAAAAACUUAUCCAUCGCGUCGCCAGGUUGGAAGCAUUCGUGGCAAAAAUUGCGAAACAUUUCGCACAACUUGGAAGUUUUGACAGUCGUGAUGAUGACGAAGGAUCCUCUGAUGUGGACUACUUAACGCCAAAAUUCGCCGGAGAAAGACAGCAAAAAAUUAAAAGUUCUAGAAGGAAACGAAAAUCCCUGGACAAGACGUCAACUCCAACUUUCUCCCGUAACGUUGACGACCAGCAUGAGAGUCGCGACCCAAUUUACAUCGCGGACCAGGAAUACUUAGAAAUUGGACCGGACUCUGUUAAAAUGGAGCAGGAUUCUGAAGAAGAAGUCGAAAUUUAUCCGUACCCUUCCGAUUUCGUAAUAAUUCCUUCUCACGAAAACAACGGCCUUCAAGCGGAAGUUGGAGAAGGCCUAAAUUUAAUGCGGACAAACCACUCCCUUAUUACCUCGCCCCUUCCACCACAACCUCAUCUUCCUAAAACUGGAAAAGGAGCAAAAGCCCGAGACCCGGUGUGGGCAUAUUUUCAAAAUGUCAACGAGACCACCCGCACUUGGAAGUGUAAACUGUGUGGAAAGGAAUUCAAACACGCAAAACCUGACCGUCUCAGAGGCCACAUACAAAACAAAUGCGUCAAAAAAGGAAGAGGGAAGCAAUACGGCAAUUCUUCAGACGGAGAAGAAGCUCCGAUCCAACACUCUUAAAAAAUGCACUCUGAAUUCGAAAUUAAAUAAUCUUGGUAUGCUAAAUCAAGAGCAAACUUUACUAUUUCUCAGGUUACCGUCGCUCUGGAUUUAGUGUACCCUAGUUAAUAUAGAAUUCAAAGUCCAUUUACUUUGAAAAGGGUAACAUUAUUUUUUAGAGUGAAUGUAUGACUGUUUGCACCUAUGCAUUUAUUUACAAUCGGAUCUUGUAUUGAUUGGUGGCCCUUAUUUAUUCUGAAAUAAAAGUGUGUAUGUUAGAGUAAAA